AUGUCUACAAACAACAUCGCCUUCACCGCCCCUAUCAAUCCUGUUGGAGCCAGCCCAGUUCUCAAACGAGAGCAGAUCUGGGCCGGCUUGCUUCUGAAAAUUCGGUCUGCCGAAACGUUUGUUCCACAGGCCAUUCAAUCCACGACCGUCAUCUCCGAAUCUACGGACCAAUCCACAGGAAACCCAGUCACUGUCCGCGAAGUCGUGUUCCGCAACGACCAGCGCAAAGUCAUCGAGACAGUUACAGCAUACGAACCUUCAAGAGUAUUGUUUCUCCAGCCAGACGGCAGCUCCGUUAACAACAUAGUCAGCGAAGGUGCAGACGGGGAGCUCUUCAUGACCUACACCUUUGAAUGGAGGCACCCUGGCGCUUCCAAGGCGGAACUGGCGGCGUUGUUGGAGAAAGAGAAGACAAUGAGUAAAAUGGCCGUGGAGGGGACCAUUACUGCUAUGCGCGAGUUGGCUAAAGACGGGAAGAUAUGA